CCGACAACAGCAAAAAGCAAGCAGAUAUACGAUCAUUUUUGAGUAGCACUCGCAUUUAUUGACCUUUGUCUCGAUAUACACAUCUUCCUGUUGUAAUUCGCUGUUUCGAGCCUAUAUAUCAGCACCACGACAUCUAGUUCCUUUUAGGAUUUCCACUAGCUCAUCAUCGACAUGAGCUACGACGACGAUGAUGAGAAUGCAUCCGGCUCAGAGGAAGAGAACGAGGAUGAGAAUAUUGAAGACGUAGUCGACGAUGCUGAAGCAGAUGAAGACGACAAUGAGGAUGAGGGGGAGGACGACGAAGCAGAUGAGAACGAGGAUGAAGUGGAAGCGGAGAUAGAAGGAGAUGAAGCAGAUAAUGAUGACGACGAUGAUGAUCAGGAAGAUGCAGAAUCUCCCUCUAUGCAGCGAAUGCAAAAUCGAAUUCCCAGUCGACCACUCACUUCCCCCAGGCCCGUGGCGAACGGCUCUGCUGCGCAUUCAAGGCACGGUUCUGGUAAUAUGCAUGGUAUAAUUGGUUCGCCCUCUCCACGUCCAUCAAUUCUGCCCUUCCGACCACCUAUCCGACCCGAAGCAAUAUCAGCCACCACGUACGACAUAGUGCCCACUAUCGCCGCUCCCCACAGCACAUCAAUCAAUGCAGUCACUGCGACACCGGAUAUGAGGUGGGUCUUCACUGGCGGGACAGACGGCUACAUCAGAAAAUUUAGCUGGGCAGAUAGCGCGAAUGGGAAGCUCGCGCUCACCGUUGCGCAGCGGCAUCCGUUCGUGGACAGCGUCACCAAAGCAGGAGUCUUGCUUAGCUACUGGGAAAACGAAGAGUCCACAAAUGAUACGCCAGGUCGACAGUACUCGUACGACGAGCCUGUGUCAUUGUCCCCUGUAUAUUCGCUAGCGGUCCAAAACCAAGCAGUGUGGUUACUGUCCGGUACAGAGUUCGGCGGCAUCAAUCUUCAGUCAGUAAGGCACAGCGAAGGCACUCGUAUUACCACCCUUCGCAAACACACAUCUGCUGUUUCAGUUCUGCAAUUGGCGCCAGAUGAGAAAUCAGUGCUCUCGGGCAGCUGGGACAAAUCUAUUCUGGAUUGGGAUUUGAAUACAGGUUCAAUCAAGCGGUCUUUCAUGGGCAGCGGUGGCCAGAUUUCAGCGAUUCACCCGCGCCCACAAUCUAGCCUACCUAUUCCAGAAGAUUUUGCUGAGACGGCGCCAAGCGGGACAUUCUCCAGCAAUAAUACGUCGCAGCCAACCACGAACGGACUCUCAACUGCGGCCGCCGGGGACGAAUCCAAUGCAACUGGCAGUACGAUUCAGAAUGAUGACGGUUUGCAAGAAGCGCCAGCGGAUGACGACGACAUGAAUUCGUUGUUUGGGGAUGACGAUACGGGAGAGCUGGAAGCGCCAAUGCAAUUAGGUGAUAUUGAUGACGAAUUUUCCCGCGCCAUCGCCGAAGGGCUACAAACAGCUGACGAGGACAACACUGGCGAUAUUGAUAUGAAGGAUACUGGGAUCUCCAUGCCAUCUGGGGAAGCGAAUUUGGGCGAGCGGCCAGUCGCCGACCAAACAUCAACGGCACCAGCUGACGCCGCGGGAUAUGACAAAUCCGGUGCAGAAGUAGGCGUCGGCACAGAAUCAGAGAAAAAUGGGUUGCCACAUUCAAUCAACGAAGAACCUCAAGAUGUCAAAAUGCACUCAUCUGAACCCGACGUGGACAGAACACCUCCGUCCGACACAACGUUCCUCGAUGCUACAUUUGAUGGUACCAUACGUAUUUGGGAUAAAAGAAAAUCAAAUCCUGUCGCUCGGAUACGGCCGCCACAGGGAACCCCUCCUUGGUGUAUGAGCGCAGUGUGGAGUAUAGAUGGCAAUACGAUUUACGCCGGCAGAAGAAACAAUUGUGUGGAAGAGUAUUCGCUGCAUAAAGGUUUGAAAACUCCUGAGCGAACCUUCAGAUUUCCUGCCGGCAGUGGACCAGUUAGCGCAUUGGCAGCCAUGCCGAAUGGGCGUCAUUUGAUUUGUGCAUCACACGACAUCCUUCGAUUGUAUGAUCUACAGGCCGCUCCACAAUCACGCCAUACACCUGUUCCUUUUCUGAUCAUUCCGGGUCAUCGCACCGGCAUCAUAUCAUCACUGUAUAUCGACCCGACUUGCACGUUUCUGAUCAGCACCGCUGGCAACCGCGGAUGGGAAGGUACAGGUACUGAGGUCAUGCUAGGCUACGAGAUCGGCGUCAUUAAAUGACAGCUUAUUGAAUACAAUAUACACUAUUCAUAAUCGACAGGUUUGGUUCGGCACGCUCCUCACAACCUUAAGCCAACCAUCACGAUGGUUCCAGACAACGCUGAAAGUCCUACACUCUUGACUUUACUGCCAUUUAUCCUCCACAACAGCUGCGCUGUCCAUCCCGUAACUGCGCGUCAUCCAGACUUUGAAAUCUGAACAGGAAUUUUUCCAUGCCGCUGUCCUGCAUGUUCAAGUCCGGGUUAUACUGUGGCCAUACCAGUUUUGAAGUAUCGGCUGCGACUGCUCUAGGAAGCUUGAUGCUUAUGGACGAAAGAGCAUCUUCAAGUUCAAGAUGCACGAUGCUAAUGAGUAUCAUUUUUCCUGCGAUCCAAGCUGCGGCAUCAACAUCGACACCAUCGUCACAGUCGAUUUGAAGCCUGCGUGGAUUAUUUCCAAGCAACAAGGUGGUAAUUUCGCGGCUCGUCACGAUAUUUGCCAUUAUAGAGGUGAGGUCCGUCAAUUCUUGGGUGGUCGGGAAUAGCCAUCCUACAAUGCCUUUAACGCAUGAUUUAUAAACAACCACAUCAUGACAAGUAGCUCCUCCGCCGUCAGAGGUCGAGUCCAGUACUCGCUCCCGCCGAAAGCCUGAGGAACACUCCAAAAUCUCUUCGGACCGCCUGAACUUCUACCAGGAUCCAUCGAAGGCUCGCCCAACGGCAAGUCUGACAGCCAGUGUUGGAACCUCUUGAAAAUGUCAAGGUGGUCAGGGAUGUCUCUGAAACUGCCCUUGCAGUUGUCACAGCCGCAACAGCCGUAUUUCGUGUUGCAUACGGUAUGCCAUCGACUGCUCCAACUUGUAUUUACGGCAAUAGGAUACGGGUCGGUAAUGAUAAUAUUGGCACCACGUGUGUAUUUAUCGUAUGAUAAUUUGCACAGUUCAGUACGAUGCUGACUGGACGGUACGGAUCAUACUUCUGAAUUAGGUUGUAUGCAUGCAAUGGUGCAUCCAGUGUAUCGACAUGUCCUCCACGUUCGUCGGCAGUGUGCCAUAGCAAAAUUGAUGGAUGUUUCUUUAACUUUUCAAUUUGGCCCCUGACUAGAGUCUGGUUUUUAUAUGUUCACCCCAUGUUGUAUAUCACUGACUUCUGUCUCGUGUCCUGGUUUUUGAGAUAGUUUGUAAAAUCAUUGUUCGAACGGCGUAUCUCCGCCAAUUGGAAGUGGACUGGCGAGAUUGUAGCCAAGUGAGUUGUAUUGGUCUUGGCUGGAACUGUAUCUGAGAAAGUCACCCCAGGAGACAUAGAAACCAAACGGGAAGAACGGGUUCCAUGAUUCUGCCUCAUGUAUGUGUAGCCCACCAUAAAGGAAGUCGAGCUUCGCGGUACUACCACCGUCAGUUCGAUGAGGUAAUGGGUAGAUUUGUAUAGUCCUGGUAAUGUUUUGGUGACACUUCGGCAGACAGACAGGUAAUUUGAGAUCAUACGGCUCGAAUCUUGG